AUGCUACUAUCGACGUCUAUCUGCGCGACCUUGCUAGCCUUGAGCUUUUGCUUUAGUAAAGCUGAAGCAGACGAUAACAGGAAAGUCAUCGGCUACCGAACAGUUGCCAAAGUACAUAGAGAUGAAGCCUUCGAUAACGAAGAUUUUUACCUUAACUCAAUAGGAUUUGGCGUUUAUAUGGUACAAGAACCUGCCGGCUGGUUUGGCCAAGAGUCGGAUUGGUAUUGUGUUAUUAGAGCGGAUAUUGAGAAGAUAGACAGUAUAGAUAAAGCGUGGAUCCCAUUGACUUGGGAAAAAGAAAACGAAGACGGAAAAGUUGAGAAGAUUGAAUUAUACGGUGAAGAAGAGCUCACCGUGGAAUACAUCAGGUCAUUGAUGAUACCAGAGCCGGAGAAAGCGUUGCGUUUAUCAACGAUCGAUGACGAAGGGAGUCUGCAAAUGCUUAUUCCAACGAAAGUAGUAAAUAGCGGUGUAUUGGAUUUAUGGGCCAUCUGCUUUGAAACGCCAGAAAAACUGGCAGAAUUUUCGAACGAAUUCCCUGAAUGGGACGAUUGGGAUAUCAAAGGAGAAUCUGAAGCUGCUUUUAUGUGA